AUGGCUCUGCCAGCCCAUUUGAGUGGACCCCCGCCAGGUUUGCACAGCCCACGCUACCUGGACUUCACUGCUGUUGUUAUUCAAGCUAGCUCGAUCAAAGCUAGCUCAGGUUUAUUAUCUAGAAUUAAAGGAGACAGUGAGAACGACUUCCGUGAAGUUUGUUUUGGUACCGGCCAGGGUCUUAUUGGAGGUUUGGAAGAGGGAAUAUCUCAGAUCACUUCUAAAAACAGAGAUGCACAGCAAGCCCUUGUGUGGAAUUUUCCAAUUGACAUUACCUUCAAAAGUACCAACCCCUAUGGCUGGCCCCAAAUAGUAGUAAGCGUCUAUGGCCCUGAUCUUUUUGGAAAUGAUGUCGUCCGAGGUUAUGGAGCUGUUCAUGUUCCAUUCGUGCCUGGAAGUCAUAGAAGAACCAUUCCUAUGUUUGUUCCAGAAUCCACAUCUAAGCUGCAAAAAUUGACAAGUUGGCUCAUGGGAAGACGACCAGAGUUCACGGACCCAAAAGUGGUAGCUCAGGGAGAAGGACGAGAAGUGACCACGGUGCAAUCCCAAGGCUUUGUGACCAUUUCCUUCAACGUGGUGACUAAAGACAUGAAGAAACUGGGCUAUGAUGUAAGCCCGGCUGACAUGCAGAACCCUUCAGUGGUGUCUCUUACAGAGGGGAUUCAUAAACAUUAAACAAUGGGGAGGUUUUCAAAGGUGCCCAUGAGAGACAGGCACCAUCCUUGUAUUGAUAUUCUAUUUUAAUUGGAAAGCUCAAGCCAUAAGGUAUGUUGCAAAAUAUCUUUUUAUUAUCAACUUUUGUAUAUAUUAGUUAAUGAAUUUUCCAGUUUACAUUUAAAAAAAAAAUGUGUUCAAAACAUCAAAGCAGGCCUGAAAUUGUUUACCAACGGUUUUGAAGUAGGAGGAGGAAACUCAAAUUGCAAUACAUGAAGGGAAUUUGAGACUAAAGUGGAACAAUCAGACACUUUCCCUGGAAAAAGCAAUGUUUCUUCUUCAUACUGCUACUACAGUCUUCUAUUAUACUCUCUUUUGGAAGUGCUUUAGAAUUUGCUCGCUAAAAUAUUUGAUAUGCAAUAUGAGUAAAUCCUUCCAUAGUUUUCAAUUAAAGCAGUUUUCGAUUGUUUCAUACUUUUAAGAAAAGCAAAAUCCAAAAGACUCUUCCCUUUCCAGUUUCCUCUCCUUCUCCAAAUCAAGCUUAUGCACACCAACAAAAGGUUUGUUUUAGGGGGAAGAAUUCACACACAGUGAAGUGUUUAAUAUCCCCUUGCUUCAUGCUCAUUGGCACUAGUAGCAAGUGCAGAUACCAAGGAGGAAAUAGAUCUGUGUGUGAGGACGUGGAAAAUAGCAAGUAGCGCAAGUAAACAGGCUGUGCAUUCAGCCAUAAGCAAUGAGGAAUCCCCUGCUCCAAUCUAUUACUGAGACCCACUGCUGGAGGGAAUUACCAGGAGUAGCAAUCAGGGCACCUCUCCCUCAUUAUGCAAAAUUUUGGGAUUUGUGCAUCCUCUUGGUUAUUACUGAAGAUACAUCUUCACUUGCCCACUUAGCCCAGCUCUUCCAUAUGCUUGAUUCCCACAGUAACCUAAAGAAAUAACUCUGUGAUGACAGUAGCAGCUUUCCCCCAAUGAAAUGCCUGUGAUAGCACAAAUUCAGCAGUCUAGUCAAAGUACAGGAUAGGCUGUGAGGCAGGCAGGCAGUUUAAAUGGGUCCUAUACCCUGGCUUUCAGUAACCAGCACAAAUAAGGAAAAUAAUGUGCUGACUUUCACAUUUGAUUGAAGGUUUUUCUCCCUGGUUAUAUUACCGUAGAAAGCCUCGUAAUAGUGUUUCUUAUGACUGUACAUGGCAGUAGCUCCAAAGCUAACCCACUGUUCUCAGACAGCUGCAGCAUAAGGGUACAAGAGAGGCCUUCAUUCAGAGAAUAUGUCUACACUGCAGGAGCAGGCCAAGGUCAUCUGACUUGGGCUGCAGAGCUAUAAAAUGGCAGCGUGGAUAUUUGGGCUGCAGCUGGAGCCCUGGUUCUGAGAGUCUGGAUGUGGGCAUGGGUCUCAGAGCCCAGGUGCCAACCUGCAUCUAUGCCCCCAUUUUUAGCCCUGCAGUCCAAGCCUGAUUAAGCUGACCAGUGCCACAGUAUUUUUAUGCAGUUUAGACAUACAGUCCAAAAUAACACAAGUUCUAGUCUUAUGGCAUUUGCCCCCAUCCUUUGUGUCCAAAACUGAAAUCCAUAGAGAGACAUCUGAUUAUUUAACAACUUGAGAGACUAUAUUGCGGCACAUGUUGACUUCAAAUAGCAUGAGAAGACCAGCAUUAAUAUUAUUUCAGCCCUGUUUAUAAGUCACUUAGAUUAAAAAGCCUGUGGAAAAACAAGCACAAAGAAAAACUAAUUUUAAACCACUGCACAUCACAGUAAUAUUAAAUAAAGCAAGUUACUUACGUUACCAUAAUUCUUGAUGCAUGUAAAGUCUACACAAUAAACACUGUAUUUUGUAAAUAUGAAUGAUAAAGGUAAUAGAAAGCAUUUUGGAGCGUAGCUGCAUUCCCUAAUCAUUUUGUAGUUUUAUAAAUGAUUUUACAAAUCUA